CUGGGAGGUCGGAAAAGUGAGACACUUAAACGGAGUCUCUGGAAGGCAAGCGUCUGAUUGCAGCAUAGAUACUCGCCUUUUCUGGGCUGCCUCGGGACCUAAUAUAGCGUGACCUGGGGCGACUUGAAGGCCGACACCAAGCUCCCAACAGCAUCAUGUCACAACUGAUCCCGAGAGCCGUGUUGGUGAUGCUGGCUGUGCUGCCAAUACUCGUCAUCUCACACCAGAAGAAAGGCAACGAGCCGACCGUCAUGAUCGUGCUGCCGGUGCGCAACAAGGAGGCCUACCUGCCGUACACUCUGUCGCAGCUCAGCCUGCUCGACUACCCCAAGGAGCGGCUGUCGCUGUGGGUGGCCAGUGACCACAACCAGGACCGGUCGGCCGAGAUCCUGCUGACCUGGCUGGAGCGGUACGGCCCUCUCUACUCGUCUGUGAAGGCGGCCGUCAACACUAGCUCGCCGCCGCUGCGGCCGGACGAACACAGCGCAGUGCACAUGUCGCCCGGUCGACUCCGCGCCGUGGCUGAUAUGAAGCAAGAGGCUCUGCAGACGGCGCGCCAGCUCAGCAUAGACCUGAUCUGGUUCUUGGAUGCCGAUGUCGUCCUACACGACAGCACCGUCCUCCGCCAGCUGCUCAACACGCGGAAACCACUGGUGGCGCCAAUGCUGCGCUCUGUAGGACAACACUCGAACUUUUGUGAGGACGUGACAGAUGAUUUUUCCUGUGUUGAGAGUGAGAGGUUUUCUGAGAUCUACUCCCGCCAGCAGCGAGACUGUUUCGCAGUGCCUUUGAUCCGCUCCUGUGUGCUGGUGGACCUUCGUGACCCCCGCACGGCUGGACUCACGUUCAGCUCAGAUAGGUGCGGGACACGGCCAGAACAGGAGACGCUCGACGAUGCCGUCACGCUGGCGCUCUCAGCGCGUGACGCUGGUCUACAGAUGACCGUGUGCAAUCAGGAGGACUUCGGCCAGUUGCCGGUGCCGCUGACACCAACACAAGAGCCGAAAGACGAGCGACGCAACAUGGUUAACAUGAAGUUGAAGGCGCUGUUGGACUGGGGGCUGCCUCCAGUAGUGCCUCUCAUGCGUCUUUUCCUGCCACACCUGCCCUCCAAAAGUCGACUGGGCUUCGAUCGGAUCUACGUUAUCGGCCUGCAGCGACGUCCGGAGCGCUGGCGACGGCACAGCGCCUGCUUCGACGAGCUCGGCAUCGAGGCGGUUCAUGUACAGGCGGUGGACGGCCGCAAACUGACCGACGACAUGCUGGAAAAGUACAACGUAUCGACGCCCCGCAACAAUGACUGGGGUGUUCGCCUCAACAAAGGCGAGAUAGGCUGCUUUCUGAGCCACUACGGCGUGUGGCAGGAUGUUUUUGACAGCGGUUUGGAGCGUGUUCUGGUGCUGGAGAAUGACGCCCACCCGACGGCCGAGUUUCCCGAGCGCCUACAGCAGCUGGUGGCAGAGGCUGACCGACUCCGACCUCAGUGGGACUUCAUCUAUCUCUUCCGCGAGUUGCCUAGGAACGACGAGCCAGUGGAAGGCGCCGAACAGCUCAUCAAACCGGGCUUCUGCUACUCGGCAAUGGCCUACGUUCUGAGCAGGAAAGGAGCGGAGACACUGCUUCGAGACCGACCCCUAGAGAAUAUGCUCUGUGUGGAUGACUACAUCCCUCUGAUGGCGGGCAAUGCGCCUCACUCUAGGUGGAUCGGCAGGUUCCCCAGUGCCGGGACGCUGAGGACGUUCGCAUCCAGGGACCACCUCAUUCACCCAGCAAAAGUUCGCGGAGAGCGAGGAUACAACAGUGACACGACGGAAGUGGACGGCGUGGUGGGCGCCCGGAGCUGUGCCGCCGAGGGGAAUAUGGAUUCAGACUGUUAUCGUCCGAAUCUGUAGAUAGCUGCUGCAGACAAUGUUGAGUACCCGGCUUUAGGAAAUCAUACUUACCAUUAUAUUUGAGAUAGCGAUACUAACGAGCUAGCGCAACUAUGAACCUUGCACGUGCGUACAGCGCAAGUGUGAUGAGAUCAUACUUACGUGGGUCAUGCUGUUAGCUGAAUACUGAAGUUGUAACAAAUUUGUGCGCAAUUGGCCAGGCCGUAAUUGAGAUAAAUGGCCCCCUACAAAAUUAAUAGGUGCUUCUUUAUUUUGUACUUACGUAGCAGUGCAUUGAGGGUCACCCACAUGCAUCGAGAGUAGUCCGAUACGGGAUGGAAUGGAAGGAAUGAAGCUUACGUUGAUGAUUCUACACCGAUUACGAGUAAUGACUAAUGAGUGCCCAAUAAUUGCUGAGCUCGGCAUGUGCGCUCGCUUUCAGGAUGUGCAGAUUGGUGUGGGAAUGGGAUGCUACGAUUACGAAGGAGACGGACCGUUCAAUCGAACGUGCUAUUGGUUUAAGAAGUAGGGUUGGGAAGAUUCCGCGUUUGUGUCAUGUCGACGGUAUGCAUGUACUGGAAAUAUGUACUGUAAUCAAAUUGGCGUGCAAUACAUACAAACAAA